GUUUUGUGUUAUCAAACGAAUAUAUGAAAUACCAAAAUUACCCUCAAUAAAUCAAAGUUUGUGUAAGUUGAUGAGGGGAUAGGGUCCGGCGAAGAAGAAGAGGGAAACAAUGGCAGUAAGCUUAGGGAACGUCGUCGUUCCAUCGUGUUCCGGAGAUCGCCUCUUUAGAUCUAACUUCUCGGCCGUAUGCAGCGUCUCUUGCCGACGAAUCAAUGUCGGAACCCUCGUUAUUUCGGCUCGCCGACGCCGUGAUAUUGGCGGGUUAAUGGUUUCUAGCUGUAUCUCUUCCGGUUCUUCUUCUUCUUCGUCGUCGUCUUCCUCUGGGCCAAAGACGAAACUCUUUGUCAGUGGGCUUUCUUUCCGCACUACUGAAGAUACCUUACGAGAUACUUUUGAACAGUUUGGCAAGCUUAUACACAUGAACUUGGUGAUGGAUAAGGUAGCUAAUAGACCAAAAGGUUUUGCUUUCCUAAGGUAUGACACAGAGGAGGAGGCUAUGAAAGCUAUUGAAGGGAUGCACGGAAAGUUUUUGGAUGGAAGGGUUAUAUUCGUGGAGGAAGCUAAAACCAGAUCAGAUAUCUCCAGAGGUAAACCCAGACCAGAGUACCCCAAACCUCAAUCCAAACCUCGCACUUUUCGUACGUGGUAGCUGUUUUGAAUAUGUCUUCAUACUGUGUAAUGAUUUGUAAAAUUUUGGUGUACUUUUUCUGAUUAAUGUCACUGGUCAUCUCCUACCAAGUUUUUCCCAAGGGGAAAAUAGUCCUACCUAAAGUAACAUUUUAUGUCAAAAAUGCAUAACAUAGCUUCCAAAACAAA